AUGGCCGAUGUGUCGAAUCCAUCCGGGGCCGAACCACCGGUAAAGUCUGGGGGCCCCGUCCCCACCUCGGACGUCGAGGAACUUUCGACGGCCAGUCCCAAGUAUCAUUGGUUCCGUGGUGUCUUUUUCCAGGCAACAGUUGUUGGAAUUGCAGCCUUCACGGCACCCGGGCUAUGGAAUGCCAUGAAUUCAGUUGGUGCGGGUGGCCAACAAACCCCCUUCCUGGUGAUGGCCGGCAAUGCAGUUCUUUUUUCCUUGAUGACGAUCACUUGUCUUUGUGGUAGCAUUGUUGCCAACCGCAUUGGUCUCAAGAACACCCUCAUCCUCGGCACUACGGGCUAUGUUCUAUACUCGGCCGCCUUAUACACCAACAACCGUUAUGGCGUGGAGUGGUUCAUCUACGUUGGUUCAGCUGCUUGUGGUAUCACGGCUGGUCUGUUCUGGGCUGCAGAAGGCGCAAUCAUGCUGCUCUAUCCUGAGCAACAUACAAGAGGCAAAUAUCUUGCAUACUGGCUAUGCUAUAGGAAUAGCGGGAGUAUUCUUGGAGGCAUUAUCAACCUGGCUUUCAAUGCCACGGGAUCCAGGACUGGGAAACUUGACUGGAGGACGUAUAUUGUCUUCGUCGUUCUCCAAUGUCUUGGACCAGCUGCUGGUUUCUUUCUCUCACCGCCAGAGAAGGUGGUCAGGCGUAACGGCACCCGAAUCAACUUGAUCAAACGCAUCUCCGACUUGGAAGAACUGAAGGCUCUUGGCCGGCUUAUGGUCCGAAAGGAGUUGCUACUCUUAACACCUCUGUUUAUCUAUAUCAAUUGGUGUCUUCCAUACAUCGGCUCCUAUCUUUCUCUGUAUUUCUCAGUUCGCUCCCGCGCCCUGGCUUCACUCAUUUCUUCCUUGGCUCAAAUCACUGCAACCCUCUUGAUGGGUACAUUCUUGGAUUGGACCCGUCUGUCCCUCAACUCGCGUGCAAAGUAUGCUUACUCGAUUAUGAUGGCACUGAUUGGAGGCUGCUGGAUUUGGGGCGUGAUCAUCCAGCGCGAGUACGGAAACAAGCCACCCGGGCUUGACUGGGAUGACUCCGGUUUUGGCCGCGGCUGGGCCUUGUAUAUCCUCUGGCAGAUGAACUGGGCUCUUACAUACAACUUCGGCUACUGGCUCAUUGGGUUCCUGGCGAGAGAGGCUGCUGAUACCCCCCGACUCACCUCAUAUGUGCGGGCGCUCGAGAGUGCUGGGCAGUGCAUUUCAUCGGGCAUCAGCUCUACACAAACUCCACUUAUUGUAUGCCUGGGUAUCAACUUUGCUCUGUUGGGCCUGGCGAUAGUUCCAGCAUUCCUCGUCGUUCGCAAGGUAGGCGUCGAUUACAAUGGAGUCAAAGACAAUAAUGAAGAGAGAGAGGAAGAGACGGAAAAUUCGGCGGGCAAAUCCUAG